CUUCUCCCAGUGAACUUCCCUUCUGCGUAACUUGGGUUGUUUCUCUCUUGUUCAGUGGGGCUGGCUGCCCAUAGCUUGCAGUAUCUGGGCAGCCAGCCCCACUCAUUUUCCAUCCUUCCUGUUGUUAUCAGUAAACAAAACCUGUAAGUGAUAGGUAAUAUAUAGUGGUAACAAUUAAUAGUAGCGAUAAUAAUGCAAACAGCAUCUGUUAUUAAAAGAAAUACCCAUAUGUGAUGCUGUUCUUAAUGAUUCAAGAUGGUCAGGGAACCAUCCUGAUCUUCCAGCACAGUUCAGGAAUUAUCUAGGUGAAGUCUGACAAUUGCAUCUUGAACGACAUUUUGUUUUCUGUCUUUUUAGCACUGAUUUAAAGUGACAGGGAUAUUUGCACAUGCCAUGGUAAAGAACCAACUUAAUCAUGUUCAGUCCUUCUAAGGACAUUUGACAUGUUCUUGGAUGGUUUGGGCUAGAAGAUAUUUCUUAUCAGAAACUAUUUCUGGGAAAAAUUCUGUGGGUACCAUCGCGAAAAGUAAUACCAGAUAUAAGUAACAGGGCACAACUAGUAGUGUAGUCGUUCAUGCAGUUACUGACAUUGAGACUUCACUUUUCUUAGUAGAGACUUCAUUUUUCUAGCAGUACCCUGUAGAAACAACAAACCUGUUCUUAAAAUGGUCCAUCUGAUGUAGCCAUCUCUAUGGGGGAGGAAUCUUUCUGUCCCUACCUCAGAACUAAACUAAUCUGAUAAUAGUAGGCCAGACAUCUUCAAAUCACUGCUAAUGUUGAGAUUGGAGGAAAAUGUUAAAUUCAGAGCCUCUCCUUUAAGGUUUUAGGUCACUGUCUAUUAUUUAGAUCUUUGCUGUACUUGAGCAAGAGCUGUGCUAAUGAGUGAAUCCCACCACAGGACCACUGUUCUCCCUUGUGUCGGUGCAGACUAUGCUGUGUCCAAGCCUGACAUCCUGUCUCGAAUUGAGAGGGGUGAAGAGCUCUGUGUCAAAGACUGUUGGGAGCCCCCACAGACGCUCAACCGAGAUGGUCCAGAAUCCCCACGGACCAUCCAGGAUGGGCAGGAGCUCACACAGACACACAACACAGGCAGUGAGGAACCUCUUCAGGCACACAUCCAAGACAAUGAGGAGCCCAUACAGGACUGCAGCAAAGACAGUGAGGAGCUGUUGAAGACAUGCCUCAAAGAUGGUCAGGAACCCACACAAACGUGUAUCACAGACAGUCAGGAUACCCCACAAACAGGCAUCGAAGAUCGUCAGGAGCCCUUGCAGGCACCAGAAGAGAUGGACCAGAUGGAGGAGGCUUUGGGAAAAGAUGUUCGCGUGGAAGCUGAUAUGGAGUUUGCUGUGUCCAAUCCUGACAUCCCGUCCCAGACUGAGACGAAUGAAGAGCUCUCUGUCCAAGACAGUCAGGAGCCCCCAAAGCUGUGCAUCCAAGACAGUCAGGAGGCCCCACAAACACUGAAAAAGAUGGACCAGAAGAAAGAGCCUUUGGGAAAAGAUGAAGUCGCUGUGAAAGGUGGCACAAAAUUUCCCAGAGUGGUGAUGCAUGUUUUGUCUGUGAGUGCUCAGAAAGAGAAGUUGAGCAGGGAAGAACAUCCUGACUCAGAGGUGGAAGAUGACCCAGCGGACUUUGGCUCUGAGGAAGUCCUUCUAUUAGAAAAUGAUAAGGCCUCUGAAGCGGCUUCUCUUCCUGAAAGCGUCAAGGUGAAAGAGGAAGGGCCUAUGGCAUCACAGGAGGCAUCUGCACCCUCUCCUGACUCACAGGUCCAGAAGCGCCCAGAAGGAGAGCAAGCCAAGCCCAAGAGCAAGAAGAAGCCAAGCAGGUAUGCGAGCAACGGCCUGCUGAUGGGCGACUGCCGGCGCGGCUACGUGCGCGAGUGGUCGCACCCCUGCACCGAGUGCGGAAAGCGCUUCCGUCUGAAAAUCAACCUCAUCAUCCACCAGCGGAGCCACGCCAAGGAGGGGCCCUACGAAUGCACGAUCUGUGAGAUCAGCUUCACUGACAAAAAACGCCUGGUCCUUCACCAGGGCAUCCACAUGCAAGAAAGGGCCUUUGCGGCCAAGGUCUGGGGGAACACCCACCCAGAAUUGAGGAUGGGGCCGAGGAGGAAGCUCUGCAGGUCUCCCCAUGGCAGCGCCCAAAGCCUGGCUUACAGAACACGUCCAGGGGGGUCCUGGCUGGGCCAGGCCAGGGAGGAGCUGUCCAGACCCUAUUUCUCCCAACAGCCAAUGCCUAGCACUCAAACAAGGAGUGUGGUUAAAUGCAAUCUUUGCAAUAAGAGUCUCUCGUGCCCCUCUUCCCUCCAGCGUCACCUGAAGACCCAUGCCAAGGACAGGCCGUAUUGCUGCUCCACCUGCAAGAAAUGCUUCACCCGCCAAACUCACCUUGUGCGCCAUGAGCAAAUACACGAACGCCAGAAAGCCCUACAGAACCAGCAGCCCAAAGCAGAGCAGCCCUUGUCUGCUGCAGCAACACCCAGCUGGCCCCAGCUCUAAGGAGCCCCCGAGUGCCCAGCCAGAGCGCUCCUCACCCACUGAACCAGGCACUCGAGAAGUGUCAGCUCUGCGCUCGCUGCAGCCAGAGCUGUUCAGUGAAUGUGCUCCUGGUGGUUGCUGCAGAACACAUACUUCCAGAUCAUCCUAGACUUGUGAUAGCCCAACUUGGAAGGCACCCUCAAGCAGCACUGUUUCCCAUUCAAGAACUGCCACACCCACUGCUAUGGUGGGAGCACAGUCCAGCCUGUUGUGAGACUAGGAAAUAGGGUGGCAGUUUGGGAGGCAACAAAUGACAACAGGAGAGAUCCAAAUUGCUUAUUUCCCAAGGGAAAACUGAGCAUCAAGACAGAUUUUGCACACAGCUGGCCACUGGGGCUGUGAACCAUCCUUCAGAUGGACUUUCCAUUGUUGCAGAAUGAAUCAAAGCCUGGAUGCCAUUAUGCAGAGCAAAUUACAGAAGCCUCUGGUGAUACAAAAUGCUUUACCAUCCCUCAGUUUUGUGUCUGCUGGCUGAUGCAUGAAACUUUCCCAAGCUGACCUCCCCACAUGAGCAGGUAUGUCUCCUGCAGCCCAGCAAAGGAAGUUGUAAGCAGCUGUUGAGCUCAGCUGUUAUUUGAUGCUGUAGCUGACCACUUUGUUUUGGAAACAGAAUUUAACAGUAAAGUGGAUGGACAGAAAGUUCUCAAACUGGAAAAUCAGAGUGAAUUCCCAAUGAACUUUUCAUUUCAGUGACUGUUUCUUGGCCAUGAUGCCAGGUGGAAAAUGGGGCAUCUCUGCCAUCCCAACAUGUCCUGGCCAUGCUUGUCUGAGAACCCAUCCUGCUGAUUAAAUCCACUAAACAUGAGAUCGGCUGGAGAAAACCUGUCCAUUGAACUUGAAGACAGGCAGAACAAGACAACCUACGACUCUGCAGGGAUGCUGUGGGUCAGGUCCCAGCAGCAAUCUUCCCUGGAAGAAGGCCAGCCUUCAAGACGGCUAAUAGCCUCAGACAGUCAUUUUAGGAAAACUUUGCAGGUAGGAUUCCUCCUGUGCUGCAGCACAGCCUGCACAGGGACCCCCCCAGGCUUGGAUGUAUUGGCUGACACAGAAUCACAGAAGCAUAGGGGUCCAAAGUGGCCUCUGGAGAUCCUCCAGUCCAACCCUCCUGCUAACACAGGUUCCCUAUUGUAGAUUGCACAGGAAGGUGUCCGGAUGGGUCUUGCCAUCUCAUCUGUUCUGCACUGGAGUGUUCCCUCUGCUCAUCCCCGCUGUGACAAGAAGCCAUAGAAUCAUAGAAUGGCCUGGGUUGCAAAGGCCCACAGUGCUCAUCCAGUUCCAACCCCCUGCUAUGUGCAGGGUCACCAACCAGCAGCCCAGGCUGCCCAGAGCCACAUCCAGCCUGGCCUUAAAUGCCUCCAGGGAUGGGGCAUCCACAGCCUCCUUGGGCAACCACCAAUGCAUUCCAGUGCAUUACCAAUGCAUUACCACCUUCUGUGUGAAAAACUUCCUAAUAGCUAACCCAAACCUCUCCCAUGCACAAUCCCUUUGUAACUAACCACAUGGAAGAAUAGCUAUGCUAGCUACCUCAGCUGUCCCACAGAAAGGCAGCCUGGUUGGUGAUAAAGCCAGGCCAGAGAGGCACUGGUGGCCCCAGGAACCAUGUGAGCCACCAGCGCACUGCUGGGGAACACAAAUGCCAUGUGCAGAGAGAAGUAAGCCCUGGUGGCAUUGCCACGCAGGCCAAGCUGCUAGCACACUUGAGUUUAGUUCUUUUACUCCAUUUAAUUGUUUGAUGUGAUUACUUGACAUUAUGAAGUGUGUGCCCCUCUCUAGGCAGGGAGCGUAGGGAACCAAUUACUUUAGAUUUUUCAUUCCUGGCCACCUGUUAAGGUCUGAAGGGCCACAAGGUGACACUGCCUGGGCCACUUCCCAUUGCAUGCAUCCAUGGAGCACAGGACAGGGCUGGGCAGCACAGCUGUGCCCAUGGUGUCUAAAAUGCUCCAGGCCAUUUUCAUGCUGUCCUACACUUGUCCCCAGCAGGAUGGCACUGCGAAGCUCCAUGAGACAGGGAUGGUCGCUACCUUACAGGCUGAAAGGUGAUGGUCUAGCAGCAAGCUCUGCUGCAGCAUGGCCUGAUACUGGUUGUCCCUGCCCAGUAACUGUCACAGUGAAUCCCAGCAAUGCAGGGCGAGUCAGCUGCUGCAAUGGUAUCAUCACACGCCUCUGAGCUUGGGGGCUGUGUGGAGGAGAUGGGCCCUCCCUCCUGCCCCAGCCUGGAGCAGUUGCUUUAAAGUUGUUGUGAGUGGCACCAAUGUUUUGUAGGAAAUCUCAGAUCCCUUUCUCAGGCUAUGGAAUCAGUAAAAUGUUUUGUCUGUA